AUGGACCAUCAAAUAACAACUGCGAGUGACUUCAGAAACACUUCGAUCCCCAAUCUAUACCAAUUGGAUACGCUUUUAAGAUGUCAUAUUUGCAAAGAUUUUUUAAAAGUCCCCGUUUUAACUCCUUGUGGACACACAUUUUGCUCCCUUUGCAUUAGAGAACAUUUGAAUAAUCAACCGAGUUGUCCCCUGUGCCUUUUUGAAUUUAGGGAAUCUUUAUUGAGAAGCGAGUUCUUGGUCAAUGAAAUAAUUCAAUGUUACACAUCCCUGCGACCUUCGUUAUUAAACGCAAUAAGAGUACAAAGACCCGUCGCUGCUACCGGUGCUGACAAGAUAUCCAAUUCAAAAGAUUCUUCACUGAUAGAGCUCGUAUCGGAACCUGAAAACGAGAAUUCGAGUGCAGUUGAUGACGAUUUACAAAUCGUGGCAACAAGUGAAAGAAAGCCUGCCAAAAGAUCGAUGACAGAUAUAUUACCAAUAAGUUCUAAAUCUUCCAAGAGAAAUUUUACAAUGUUUAGAAGCGAGCGGAUCAGGAAAAAAUCAAAACCAAAUGAGCAGAUGGCCCAAUGUCCUAUCUGUGAACAGUUCUACCCUCUCAAGGCCCUUGAAAAGACACAUCUGGACGAAUGCUUAACGUUACAAUCACUGGGAAAGAAGCCGAAGCCAUCCAUAAACUUCCUUCCAGAUUCAAAAUCACAUGGUAAAGAAACACCUGAGCCCAGGCUGCGAACUCCAGAGCUAGAUAGAAGCCCCAGUGAUGAGACUUCUCAUGUGGAUAAAUAUUUAGGUUCAAUGGCAAACACAGAACGUCAAAGACUGCCUAAAAUCAAUUUUACAUCAAUGAAUCAAUCCCAAAUUAAACAAAAACUUUCAUCGUUGGGGCUAUCGACCAAUGGUACCAGACAGAUAUUGAUUAAGAGAUACAAUCAUUAUGAGAUGCUUUGGAAUUCGAAUUUUUGCGAUUCAUUGGAACCUGUUGAUGAAGCUGAACUCAAAAGACAAUUAUUGAGCUGGGACGUAUCGCAUAAUAAGCCACCUCAAAAUGCUAAUAAUAACGGCGGAAUCUCCAAAUUAAUGAUGAUGAAAAACAGAGGGAAAUCUUCAUACAGAAAAUUACUCGAAGAUUUCAAAAAUGAUAAAUUCAAUAGGAAGGGGUGGAUCAUUAUGUUUCGAAGAGACUUUGCCAGACUCAUUAAGGAAGCAAAACUGAAAAUAAAAACUGUCUCACCAACGGAUCGCGAUUUAGGAGAACAGGCGAAUAAAAAAGAUAAGGGGGAUAGUGAGCAACAAGUUGAAAAUAUUCAGGAGGCCAGUUGGCAGCGAAUUGAGGAGGAUCAAGAGGCUGCCGUUAGUGAAAAACAGGCGAUCAACGAGAUAAUUCUACCUAACGAAGAUUUAACAGAUGCUGACCUAUCAAGAGAGUUGAUGGAUAUGAAUGAGGGUGACAAAGAUCCACCCGGUAGCGACUAA